AUGACCGACACAUAUACAAAAGCACCCAAUGCACUUACGCCUAUCAACUUAAGUGGCCCAGCCCCAUCUAAUAAGAAACUUCUUCCCAAGUAUGAAAUCAAUUGUGAUAUGGGAGAAGGAUUCGGGCCUUGGAAAAUGGGCCCAGACGAAGAUAUUAUGCCGCUAAUUGAUAGGGCCAACAUCGCCUGUGGGGGGCAUGCCUCAGACCCGCUGAUAAUGUUAAAGACCAUUAAGCUCGCCAAAAAGUAUGGCGUCGCGGUGGGGGCCCAUCCAGGACUUCCUGACAAACAGGGAUUUGGUAGGAGAUCUUGGGCCAUUGCUCCAGACGAUGUGUACACUAUGGUUUUGUACCAAGUUGGUGCAUUGAAGGCCAUGUGUGAUAGUGAAGGAGUUGAGCUCUCUCAUAUCAAGCCGCACGGAGAAUUAUAUUUUUAUACCGAAAGAGAUGCUGGCGUGAAAGCCGCCGUGAUUAGAGCAGCCAAGGUUUUUGGUGUCCCAUUGGUGGCCGGUAAAAGUGCCGAUUAUCAAGAGGUUGCAGCAAAGGCGGGUCAACAGCUUAUCCAUGAGGUCUACCCGGAUUUACAUAUCUCUCCCGAAGGGUAUUUAGUGAAGAUCCAGGCGGGGCCAAAGUCUCUUAGAACUCCAGAGAGGAUUUACGAGUGCGUGAAAAAGGCAGGAAUGGUGGAUCAAAUUACUAACGUGGAUGGCGAAGAAAUGAAUCUCGGCUUCGGAGGUGCUCCGAUCUCAUUUUGUUUACACAGCGAUAUGCCCACGGCUUUGGAAAAUGUUAUCAAGACCAGGGAGGCGGUUGAUGAAAUCAACCAAUUGUAUGGGCUCAAGUAA